UUUUGUCAGAGAAGAAGGGGCGUUCAGAGCUGAGUGCCUCUGCCACCUCCCCAGGAUGCCCAAACCGUGAUGCAGGUAGAGGCUCUCCCUGGGGCUUUGCUAUAGCAGAGGCAGCCGGUGCACAGCGAGGAACGGAUGGUCCUGAACCCCAAGGACACAAGGCUGGGUGCAGGGGGCAGGUGAAGAGUGUGACUCCUGCUGCCCCCGCUCGCCCGUGCUCCUGCCCCGCUGGGACCGCCUGCAACACACCGCAGCCGAGCGCCGGGGAAAAUGGUGGCGGGAGAAGACCAUGGCAUCAGGUAAGGCUGGGGUAUCGGAGCCAAGCAACCCCGCUGCCGAGGCAGCAGAAGGCUCACCGGACACCUCCUUGGUGCUGCUGGCUGUUGGGGGGGGCUUUCCACAAGAGAUUUCGCUCUUCUUCUCUGUUGAGAGCCGCUCCUCCCGGUGCCUCAAUUCCCAGCUCCAGGAAGCAGCCAGGAAGAAGCUGUGGGCCCUGGAGAGUGAUGACAGAGACGUCUGUGCCCUGUUCAAGGAGCUGUCAGCCAGGCUGGUCUGUAUGCAAGCACAGGAGGAUCGGUUCCUCCUCACCUUCAAAACCAUAGAAGAAGUCUGGAAGUUUUCCACCUAUCUGACUUUAGGGUACGUGGGCAGCUGCCUGGAGCAGCUUCUCUUUGACCAGGAGUACUGGCUGAACUGUGCUCUGAUGGAGGACACAGAGAUCAAAGUUACUGUGGAUGAAGAUCGCUUGGCCACCAUAUAUAUGGGUCUGCUGCUCCAGGAAGGUAACUUUUUUUCCAGAGCAGUGCCCGGUGUCUGGCAGCCAGAGCAGGAGGGAGAGGAAGGCCUGCAGCAUUGUAAGAAUGAGCUGAUCCAUGUGAAGAAGGUUGGAGAGGAGUCCAAGUGGGAAGGGAUGUCCUUGCUGACGGGUCAACGAGGCCUGGUGCCUGUGACAGCUCUAGAGCCAAUACCUCACCCAUUUUACCAGUGGUUCCUGAAGAAUUAUGCUGUGAGUUUUGGCAUCUCCCAGGAGAUUAAUGGGACAACCUCUCAGCCAAUUGUCAAAGGCAGGUGCACAGCCACAGAGGACCACAGAGGAGCAGCAUGGGAUGAACUGAGUUUCUCCAAAGGAGACAGCAUAGAAGUCAUCGGCUUCUUCAUUCCAGGACUCCCAUGGUUUGUGGGCAAAUCUGUCAGCAGUGGGAGUAUCGGCUUUGUCCCAACGCAAUACAUAAGUACCGAGGCUUGUGAACCUCUGGGAAAAGGCUUGGUGUUUCUGAGUGAAGAAGAAAAAUCUCCCUUUCUCCACAUCCCCUGCAACGGUGGCGAGCAGCACUUCACCACCCUCCUCAGUGACCUGGCACACACUGACAUCACCUCUGUGUACCGGCUGGAUGGUUUUGAACCUACAGCCAUGUUCCCAAAAGUGCCGUCAGAGGCUGUUAUCCAUGACUGUAAAGAUAUCCAGCUGCUCCAGUCCUGGGAGGAAAUAAAUGACUUGGCUACAACUAGCACCUCUGAGCUGUCUAGCCCAGGGAGUGAAUCAGCCCCUGCUAUGUUGGAAGAUGUUCUCCUGGAGAAGUUGGAUGAUUUUGAUGAUCCCAAGUUCUUUAUUGACCUGAAUGCUGGACACAUGGAAGAUGCUGAUGUCUUUGACCCCAUACUGACCUUCCUUAACCAAGACAGUUAUGUGCCCAGUUUUCAAAGCCUCUAUGAUCUCAGUUUUUCCUUUCUCAACUCCACUUUUUAUGGUUUCUCUGAUGAGGAUGAACUGGUCUUGUACCUUGAGACAUCCAGAAACUGGGCCAAGAGGACUCAUUCAGUUUGGGCUCAUGUCAGGCUCUGUUUCCUCUUGGGUAAGCUCUGCAUUAAAAAGGUCAAGUUCUCCCAGGCUCGAGUCUACUUUGAGGAAGCCGUGAGCAUCCUGGACAGGGGUUUUUGGGAUCUGCCCCUGUUGGCUGCAUUGCAUGUGAACCUUGCCUCCAUCUACUUGAAACAGAACAUGAAGCACAAGUUCUCCUCCCUGCUGGGAAGAACAGUGGCCUUGCUUGUCUGCUUGCCUGGCCGUUCUUUCAGUUCUGAGAAUGAGCUGGAAGUCAUGAUGUACGUCCUGAGGGAAGCCAUUGCUGUGGGUAAUGCUCCCUUGGAGGCACGGGUCUGCUUCCUUAUUGUCAAGCUCUUCCUACAACUUGGCAAAAAUGAUGAAGUGCUGCCCUUUACCGAGCAUCUUCAAUGUCUCACCACCACUUUACUCAGCCCAGACACUAGUUCCAUGCCACUGGAUGCCACCCCCAUCUUGAGCUACCUGUAUGACAAGAAGUACUUGCCAAAUAUCGCUCUGGCCUCUGCCAGGUUGUUUGUUCCCAGUGGUGUCAAGGGGGCACUGACACCCAUUUGGAGAGCUGGCUUCAUCCUCCAAAAUACUUCCAAACUCCUGGGAAGCCAACUGGAGAGGAGCAGCAUCCCAGCACUGACUUGUUUCUAUCUCAAGCAAGCACUGCAUUUCUCCUGUGAGAGCAGAUCUGUGCCCAUCCAGAGGACGCUGUGUGCCAUCUUGUCCAGGAUGUACCUCCAGCAUGGUGUGUUGGAUGGGGCGGUUCGUUAUGCAGCCACGGCUGUAACCCUCAGCAGACUGAUGGGCGAGGAGGAGGCUUUCGAGUCUUCCCUCUCUUUGGGGUGGAUGUAUCUCCUGCACAGCCGGCCGGGCCCAGCUGCAGACAUCCUGUGGCAGCUCUUGCGCUCUCUGCACGGGACGGACAGCGUGACUCAGGGUGGAGCUGUGCACAAUCUCCUGGCCAUUGCCCUCAAGGGAGAAGGGCAGGUGCAAAAGGCUGCAGAGAACUACCUCCGGGCGCUGCACAAAGCCAAGGAGACCGGGAACAAGAGGAACCAGGCCAUUGCCCUGGCUAACCUGGGGCAGCUGAGCCUCUCGCGCGGGGCGAGCCAGCUCUCCGAGCUCUACCUGCUCCAGUCGGCUCAGCUCUACGCUGAGCUCCAGGGCAGCGAAGACCUGGAGAUGGAGUUGGUGCAGGUGCUGCUGUGGCUAGCGCAGGCCAUGGUGGACAGGCAGAGGAUGGAAGAUGGCAAACUCUGUUACGAACUGGCGUUGGUCUUUGCCCUAAAGUGGCAUAACACGAGGAGUCAGCUUCACAUCAUCGAGUCUCUCUGCCAUUUCUACAGCAAAGUGUCCCCCAAUCUCCAGGCGUGCAUCACCUACCAUGAGCACUGGGUAUCUCUGGCACAGCAGCUGCAGGACAGAGAGCUGGAAGGCAAUGUUCAGCAGACCCUCAGCCAGCUCUACCAGGCUUUGGGUACAUCUGAGGCUUUGAAACAGUCCCUGGACUGCACCAAACAGAGUCUAAGGAUCUUCAUUGACCUUGAGGAGACUGUGAAAGCAGCAGAGGCCUGGCUGCAGGCAGGAAGGCUCUACUAUCUUAUGCAGGAAGAUGAGCUGGUGGAAAUGUACUUUCAGGCAGCCAUUCAGACUGCUCUGAAAUGGGAGAAGUUCUCCUUGGCCAUGGAUCUUUAUGAAAAAGCAGGUGAUACCUUUUUUAAUGGCAGCCGAAACAGAGAUCGAGCAGUGGAGUUUUAUAGGGGAGGUGCUGUGCCCUUGGCCAGGAAACUAAAGGCCACUAAGACAGAGCUACGGCUGUUCAAUAAGCUGGCAGAGCUGCAGAUUGGGCUGCAGGGCUACGAGAAGGCGCUGGAGUUUGCCACGCUGGCAGCCAGACUGAGCAUCAGGGUUGGAGAUCAAUUGCAAGAGCUGGUUGCAUUCCACCGCCUGGCUACAGUCUACUAUUUUCUGCAUAUGUAUGAGAUGGCAGAAGAUUGCUACCUGAAGACGCUUGCCUUGCGUCCCCCCUUGCUGCAGUGUUCUGGAGAGGCCCUGUACUACUGCAAGGUGUAUUGCCACCUUGGCAACCUGACCCUGCACAAACUGAAGGAUGAACAGGAUGCAGCAGCCUACUUCCUCCUGGCCCUCGCCGCAGCAACCGAGCUGGGAGACGAGGAGCUGCAAGGCCUCAUUCGCGCCAAGCUGGGUGACAUCCCCAGUGCCCCACGGGGCCCCGAGGACACUCCGGGCUGUGCCACAUACCGGCCCAGGUGGCUGAGUGAAGGUGGCCACGUCGUCUGACCGACCCACCACCCUGGCGACUCCAGUACGAGACGUCAAGCAGCAUCAUGCCACGGCACUGGCAUGGGUCCAUGUGCUCUCCAGAACAACGAUCCCAGGAGAGGUCCUGUGCCACAUCCUAAGUUGCUGGCAGCAUUUGGCCUUCUUGUACCCAACAGGCAAGGGACCGAGCACUUGGGACCCUGCCCUCAUUUUUUGGGAGGAGGGCUGUGCACUGCAGCCGAGGCAGCAUAUGAAGGCUGGGCAUCUGGGCAGGAUGAGGCCCCAGCAGUGGUGCUGGAGUGUGCGGUACAGCGGGGCUGAGCAACAGAUGGCAUUUCAGGAGAGCGGCUGCCCUGCCUGGGACAGGGACAGGGGAGGGCUGCCACGUGCCUGCCUGUCCCCCCCCAGCUGCCCCACACACGUUGGUUCCCAUGGGGCAGCUCAGCCCUGCCCAAAAGUGCUUUAACUUGAAUAGCAACUCCUUUAUUUAUUUUUAUCUGGUUUCUGUCCUGUCUGUUCUGCAGAUGCCUGUGACCUAAACCUCUGCAGAGCCUGGGGCCUCUUUGGUACAAGGCACAACCAAAGCUUUGGGCAGUGAGAGGCAGAAUUAGGGAAAGGAGGAGAAAUGAAAAGGGCUGGUCAAGCCUCACCUGAGGACGAGCCCCAUAUGCAGGUGGGCAGCAGCUGGGCGGGGAGGCAGAGCCCACCCUCACCCCAGCUCUGCCGGUCAGCCCCAGCUCUGGCACUGGAGCAGCUGGGGUGGCCUCUUCUGCCCCACAGCCCAUGUGCACUUUCAGCAUCUAAAGCAUGAGCACGCUACGGGUCCUGCAUGGGCAAAGAGCCAUCAGUCCUGACCUGACCCAGGUUUUGCAGGCAGGCACCCUCCCCAGACUCUCUUCUCCAGGCUGCAGAGCCCCACGGGAUGCAGGAGCGCCGGGAAGUGGAUGGUGAGGCUGGGCACACUUGGCCUGUGCUGUGGCACACAGCAGGUCCCCUGGGCAGGGGUGCUGAUGGGAAGCAGAGGGACUUUUGGUGGGGAGAGGCAGCUGCAGUACCUUUGCAUGGACCAUUGGCAGUCCAAGGAGAAGUCAGCUGCCCAGCAGACAGCAAGCUGCCUUCAAGUGUCCUGAGCUACGUGGCUGGAGGAGAAGCAAAAUCUCCUCUGUGGAGUGAUCAGGGGGUGUGGGAGGCACUGAGGAUGCUUCUCCUGAGAGCUGCUGCCCAGCACCAGUUGCAGCACACAGCUCUCCUCCCCAACCUGUCUCACCACCAGGGAGCAAUAAAUGCCCACGUUUGCAGCCUCACGCAAGCAAGUAAUAACACCAACCUCAGUUUUCAGUCUGGACUGGUGCAGAGUGAAGAAUGAACGAUUUUUCCAGCUCAUCUCUUUGCGCUGACAACCAGUGGCCAGACACCCAGCUGGGGCUUCACAUGAGACCCUGUUCCAAAGUCCAAAGUCCUUCCACCUCCCUGAUGGGGCUUCACUGCUUGGAAAUGCUAAAUGCAGAACAUUUAUUUCCUUGCUGCUCUUUGCAAAUGCUGAGUUCAUUUUCCCCUUCUAAUCCAUGUGAGGUAUCCAUCAUCGGGGCAAUGAAUACUUUAUUGUUUGUUUACUGAGCAUUCCUGCAAUACCAUUAGAGGAGCCUCAGCCCUGAGCUCAGAGAAGGUAAAUCUUCAUCUCGUUUGAAAUACAGCAAGCUCAGGGGAGAAUCAGUCCCUCAAACUUUCCUGUCUCAUUCCACAGGGCUGCCUGUUCUCAUUUCAGGUAGCUGGUGUUCACUGUGCUAGGGCAAGAUCUUUUCAGCAGUUUUUCAUGUCAGUUCCCCUUUUUCUUUUCAUACACGGGGAAAAGCACAGUCUCACGUCUUUGUGCCAGAAGGCAGGUCGAUGACUGGACAUCAGGCUGCUGAGGAGAGGGGGAAGAAGGAAGCUUUGAUGGCUCAGGAUGACCUCAGGGUCUGUGUGGUGCAGAGGUGCCCUGCUCUGGCACCAAGAUUUGCACCCAUCUCCCCUGCCACCCCCAGCACCGCGCUUAGGGGUGCUGCCCAGCCCCACAGCAGCUUGCCUGCAGCAGCUGCUGCACCCAGACUGUCUGGUCCUCAGCAGUGCCCUUUGGGUCCCUGAGGUGAGGCUCGAGGCCACCACGAGGCUGCUGCCCAGUCUGGCUUUUGUUACCAGCGGUUCUAGCAGUGGGUGCUGUGCUGCUGGCCAGGCUCUGCACCUGGGGGGCCGGGAUGAAGAUGGUUGUGCAUCUGUCUAUGGUAGAGCCCCUAGACCCACACCGGUGGCCAGUGGCUGUUGCAGUUCUUGUCAAAGUUAAGCCCAGUGGAGGAUGAAUCAUGCAGAGAGCAUCCCUGCUAAAAUACCCCUUCCAGAGCCAAACUUGAGGCCGUUCUGCCUAGCAGCAGUGAGAAAAAAACGGGUUUUGUUUAAACAUAGAGGGUCAGUGUCUCAGCUGGUCUAAAUCAGCUAAGCUCCAUGAAGUCAGAGAGAUUCUGAUUUGCAAGGACUGUGGAUCUGUCCUGUGUUUUUUAACCAAAUGUGUCCCCCUUUAAAUCACAGCAAACAAAUUUGUGGUGCCUGCCAGGUGAAAAAGAGACUUGCUCCUAGAGAACAUCCCAUAAAACAUCAUUUUCCCUCUCCUUUGUCUGCCCGCCCACUCCCACAUGCUAUGACAAAGCUGGGCUGUUUUCCUAGUGGGAUGAGAGGUCAGGGUGGCCAGGGCUAAUUAAGCUCCAUAAUAAUACUUGGAAAUAAAGUGAAACUUAAAGCAGUAA